CGUUCUCUUGCACACUCUCUCUUUUGCUCCUCCCCUCUCUUACCUCAAAGCCAGCAGGCUGCUAUUUGAUCCAGACUGCUUUUUACAUGAUCUCCUGGAAUACAAAGCUCCCCGGCUACUCCAUGGCUUUUCGGGUUCUUCUCGCGUUGCGGUGCAGAGAGCACAACAGGAUGCCAGCGCCACGCUGAACCUACAUCGGCCGGCCUUUCCUUCCCCUCCCCCUCCUGUGAUCUUCACCUUUCUAUCUGUCCGUCUCCCUGACCUUCCUUCUCACCCCAUGCUGAGACCCCCUCCCCCCCCAAUCUCCUAGUUAAUGUUGCCGCCCCCUCGACAAUGAUACCAUGCAUUAACUGGCUGCAGCCUUUCCUUGCCUUGAUCUCCUCGACCUUGCUUACGCGAGGCCACAUCUGUCCAUCCAGCUGUUUGUGUCCAGACCACCACACUGUGAACUGCACCAACCGAGGUCUUACCAGAGUCCCAGACCCCAUCCCUCUGGGUGUUCGCCGUCUCCUGCUCUCCAACAACUGGAUUCCCUGGAUCCCUUCCGACUUCUUGGUCCUCUACAGCGAUCUGGUCUACCUGGACCUGAGGAAUAACUCCCUCUCCCAGCUGGAGCCAGGUACCCUGAGCACCUCCUCUAGAUUAGUCUUCUUGGACCUGGGGAACAACAACCUGACGGAAAUCUCCUCGGGAACAUUUGGGGAGUCCAGGAGUCUGAUUAAACUACGACUGGGGAACAACCCCUACCUAAACAUGGUAGGCAGGGACGCUUUCACGGGGCUGACUUCUUUGAGGGAGCUGGAGCUGGAGAGGAAUGGUCUCACAGCCCUGGACGUCAUGGUCCUGGAAUCACUGCCCUCCCUCCGGAUGCUGCGUCUGGAUGGCAACCCCUGGCUUUGCAACUGCCACUUUUCCAAACUGUUUGUAUGGCUGACAGAGAACCGCCACAAACUCCCAAAGGGUAUGGAGGGGAUAGAGUGCUCUCUUCCUAUGGAUGGGCGUCGUGUUCCCCUGAGUUUACUCUCUGAAGACAGUUUUCAGAAGUGCCGUGGUACCCUCACCCUCACUGACUACCUGAUCGUCAUCUUCUCCGGUAUCUCUGUCUCAGUAGCGGCCAUCGUGGCCAGCUUCUUCCUUGCUUCCACAGUCCAUUGCUUCCAGCGCCUCAGCAAAGGCAGCAAAGGAGAUGAGGAGGAAGGCAACGACUGAUGGGGAAAGGGGAAAUGGAUUAAAUCAAGUAUUUCAUACAUAACUGUUGCUCAGAACUCAACAAAACAUGAGAGCAAGGAGUGAUUGUGGUGGUGGUGGUGGGGAGGUGGGGAUGAAAAGGCAUUAAAGGUAAAUGCACAUCAAGAAAGCUUGUAAUGUCAAAUCCAAGAUUACACAUGAACUGUCAUGAGAAUCA